UAUAACUCUCGUUUCAUUAAACCCUCCUUGGAUCUCUUCCUGAAUAUUGGAAGCUAGGGGGUCAUCGAAAAGCAAAAAGGAGCCAUCCAAGAUUGCAAGGAAUUGCACCAAAUUACAAUGAGUUCUCUACAGAAAUCCUUGUCCCGGAUUCGUUCUGGUGACACCCAGAAACUAUCCGACGCUAGAGCAUUCCUCAGUGCGUCUCUCACCAACAAAAAGACUUGUUUAGAAGUCUUGAUUCUGCGACGGGUCCUCUCAAGUCGGUUAUAGUCCAGUCCAUAGCCAGUCUCUAUAGACACAUUAGUAAUUCACUUUUAAUGUUGCCGAAGCAGGAGCUCAGAAAAGUGACGGAAGGUUCUAACCGUCGUCUCAUGGGUUUUCUGGCGUGGGUGUCCAGGAAAGAUCGUCGGAUAUUACAGAGAUUCGACGGUGACUAUAAUCCAAAUGACGUGUUUACGGUGGCCAAAGACGGGAGCGGAAACUUCACCACCAUCACGGACGCUUUAAAGGAGGAUUUAAUAAAAACCAAAACCCCACAUAAAAAACGAGAGUUAGAGCUUAUCUGGUCGCCGGAGCGAUCGACGGUGUCGGAGAUGGGUGCAGAGACCUGAGCUCGGGCUAAAACGGGGUCAGAGCUUCCGAUUUGAGGUUCGGGGGGGGGGGAAUAUGGGAGAAGUUCGCAGUUUACUGUUUUGAGAUCGUUUCUGGACUAACGGGCGGGACUAACGUCCGUCCCGUUAAUCCCGCACGCGGGCACGCUUCACCGCGUGCGACUGGACAGGUGUCAGUCGCACGUUGUGUGGAGAGAUUGUGGGGCGAGACGCGGUGGGGCGGAGAUGCGAACGAGCAAAAAAACAGGGAAGGCAGUGGGAUGGAGCAGUCUUCAGAUCAUCCAUUCUCAGGUCCUUCCAAGAUAUCAUCAGUAAAUAUUCCAGAAAAAGUGAGAAAUGGUGCAUGGGGGAUUCCAUUUGGAUCUGAUGCAUAUCAUACCUCAAGUGAUGCUAGCCUCUUUUCAAGCUCAUUACCUGUUCUUCCACAUGAAAAGUUGAAUUUUACAGAUUCAGAACAUGGUGGCCAAUCUGUUGAUGAUGCGUCAUCUAUUUUGAAUAAACUACAUCAAGAUGUUGAGGGUAAGGAUCCUCUUGAAGAUGUUGAGCUGCAUGCAAUAGGAAGCCUACUUCCUGAUGAUGAAGAUGAGCUCUUAGCUGGUAUAAUGGAUGAUUUUGACCUUAGUGGGUUGCCUAGUCAAUUGGAGGACCUAGAAGAAUGUGAUCUUUUUGGAAGUGGAGGGGGUAUGGAGAUGGAUUUUGAUCCUCAGGAGAGUCUCAGUAUGGGUAUGUCAAAGGUAACCUUGUCAGAUGGCAUUGCUAGUAACGGGGCCACUCCAUAUGGUCUUCCAAAUGGUGUUGGAACAGUUAAUGGGGAGCAUCCAUAUGGGGAACAUCCUUCUAGAACACUUUUCGUGCGAAAUAUCAAUAGUAAUGUUGAGGACUCAGAACUGAGAGCUCUCUUUGAGCAAUAUGGUGAUAUCAGGACUCUUUAUACUGCAUGCAAACACAGGGGCUUUGUGAUGAUUUCCUACUAUGACAUUCGGGCUGCUCGAACAGCUAUGCGUGCAUUACAAAAUAAGCCCUUGCGACGGAGAAAACUUGACAUUCACUUUUCAAUUCCAAAGGAUAACCCAUCAGAUAAGGAUAUUAACCAAGGAACUCUUGUAGUUUUUAAUUUGGAUCCAUCGGUUUCAAACGAUGAUCUCCGCCAAAUUUUUGGGGCUUAUGGGGAAGUUAAAGAGAUCAGGGAGACACCACACAAGCGGCACCAUAAGUUUAUUGAAUUUUAUGACGUCAGAGCUGCAGAAGCAGCACUUAGGGCAUUAAAUAGGAGUGACAUUGCUGGGAAACGCAUAAAGCUUGAACCUAGCCGUCCAGGUGGAGCACGCCGAAACUUGAUGCAACAGUUGAGCCAAGAGUUGGAACAAGAUGAAACUAGGAAUUUCCGACAUCAAGUAGGUUCACCAAUAGCUAAUUCCCCUCCAGGUAACUGGGCCCAGCUCAGCAGUCCUGUUGAGCACAGCCCUUUGCAUGGUAUGAGUCAUUCUUCUUCAGGUAUAGGAGCAAUUAGUCCUAUGAACAGCAACCAUUUGCCUGGCUUAGCCUCAAUUCUGCCUCCUCUUGGGUCAAAUUCUUUGAAGAUUGCACCUAUUGGCAAGGACCAGGGACAGGUGAGCCAUGUGGACUCAGUAUUCAACAAUAGCAGUUCAACACAUGGAACUGCAUAUAUGCAAUCACAUUCAUUCCAAGAGAUGAACUUGAGCCGAAGUCCUGGAACUGUAUCUUCCUUAAAUUUAUCAACCUCAAAUGCAUCCGUUAUUGGAACAUUGUCCGGUCCCCAAUUUCUCUGGGGCAAUCCCUCACCUUACUCAGAGCAAACCAGUUCUGCUGCAUGGCCAACACAAUCUAUGGGGCAUCCAUAUACAUCAAAUGGACAGGGGCAGGGCUAUCCAUAUUCCAGUCGACAUGGCUCUCUCCUUGGUUCAUCACACCACCAUUUCCAUCAUGUUGGAUCUGCUCCAUCUGGUGCUCCUUUUGAAAGACAUCUUGGAUAUUUCCCCGAGUCACCAGACACAUCCUUCAUGAGCCCAGUUUCUUUUGGACGUAUGGGCUUAAGCCGCAAUGAAGGUUACAUGAUGAAUGUUGGUGCUCAUGCUGCCAUGAAUACUGGAGCUCCUAUCUCUGGAAAUAUAUCUGAAAAUGGUUCACCGAGUUUUAGGGCGAUGUCUUCUCCAAGGUUGGGUCCCAUGUUCCUUGGUAGUGGACUGUAUCCAGGCCCAGGAGGCAGCAUCGAGGGCCUGGCUGAACGUGGGCGUCGCCGAGUGGAAAGCAAUGGAAACCAGCUGGAUAGCAAGAAGCAAUAUCAGUUAGAUUUGGAUAAGAUCAUUAGUGGGGAGGAUAUUCGAACUACUCUAAUGAUAAAAAACAUCCCAAACAAAUAUACCUCAAAGAUGUUGCUGGCUGCCAUUGAUGAAAAUCACAGGGGUACCUACGAUUUUUUCUACUUGCCAAUUGAUUUUAAGAAUAAAUGCAAUGUGGGUUAUGCAUUUAUAAAUAUGGCGUCUCCUUCACACAUUAUCCCCUUUUAUGAGGCAUUCAAUGGGAAGAAAUGGGAGAAAUUUAAUAGUGAGAAAGUUGCUUCUCUGGCAUACGCUAGAAUACAGGGCAUGGCAGCCCUUGUUGCUCACUUCCAGAAUUCAAGCUUGAUGAAUGAAGAUAAAAGGUGCCGUCCAAUUCUAUUCCAUUCAGAGGGCUCAGAUGGUGAUCAGAUUGUCCAGGAACCGUUCCCAUCCAACAGUUUGAAUAUCCGUAUCCGUCAGCCAGAUGGAUCUUACUCAGGUGAUUCACCAGAAAGUCCUCCAAAGAGUAAUUUUAGUGAUAACUUAGAGACGAGUUAACACUGCCUUUAGAAGGCAGCUUGCUCUCAGCUCAAACGAGAAGAUGACAGUGAGUUCUAACUGUUGCAUAGAUUAUCAAGUGUAUAAAGUUGUCAUGAGAAACCGAAAAAAAAAAGGAAAAGAAGGGAAAAAAGUUGUGAAGGUCUGUAUUAUAGGAAGUGUCUACUUUGAGUGAAGGAUGCACCCGGAGCAUAUCACAAGAAAAGCUUUGAAGGAAGAAGCAGAGGCUGAGGGUGUGUUGUUUGUGUAGAGUGAAGCAAUCAUAUUUAAAGAGGGGAAAGAGAGUAAGGUGAAGCAUACAGGUGAAGGUGCAAUCUCUCUGCUGCAAAAUGCGUUAUUCGCCGGUUUGUGCAUGAUUCUAUCCUUUUUGUUUCAUUUUUUGCCUUUUUGGUUAGUAUAGUUGAUGUCAGGGAUGAACGUUGGAUUAUAUUCUGCAAAUAUCAAUACGGUGUCUAUAUGGGGGUAAAUUUUGUAUGGGAAUUGAAAUUUUGAGUGAUUAAAGGGUAGGGUGCUGUUCUCAGAACUGUAUAGAGGUGGGGAGGGGGAACACCAGACCCUUGCUCCAUGUUGUUCUCAAUGUUUGUUUACCCUUGAAACGGUGGCAAAUUUGUAUUUAAUGAGAUAUUGAACUCUGUACAGAUCGUGCAUUUA